AUGAGUGCUAUACUAUCGGCCGACGAUUUGAACGAUUUUAUAUCACCGGGAGUAGCAUGCAUCAAACCAGUUGACGAAAUACAGAAACCGCGAAAAGAUGCCGCAGAACCUGGAGAAGUUGAAAUUCAAAUGGAUGAUCAGGGUAAUCCACUAGAAAUUUCACGAAUAGAUGAGAAACAGACUAGUACUCUAGCGCCAGCUCAGAUUUCACUAGCUGAUUGCCUUGCAUGCUCGGGGUGUAUAACCUCUGCGGAGGAGGUACUUGUUGCCCAACAUUCUCAUCAAGAACUUAUUAAAGCACUACAGUCGAAGGAGGCAAAAGAUACGAUAUUUGUUGCUAGUAUAUCUCAGCAACUGAGAGCGUCUCUCGCGACAGCCUAUGACUUAUCUAUCGAAGAUAUAGAUCGAAUGCUUGUUAAUUUGUUUGUCAAUCAAAUGGGAUUCAAAUAUGUAGUAGGUACAUCGCUAGGGAGGAAACUAUCGCUAAUUACCGAAUCAAAGAGCUUAAUACAGCGGAAACAGCGAGAGAAGAAUUUUGCCAAUCCGAUUUUAUCAUCUGUGUGCCCGGGAUGGGUACUAUAUGCGGAAAAAACCCAUCCUUAUGUUUUACCGAUGAUGUCAACCGUAAAGUCAUCACAACAAAUCACGGGAUGUUUAUUGAAGAAUUUGACAGCAUAUUCAUGUAAUGUUCCCAAACAACGAGUUUAUCAUUUAUCCCUAAUGCCAUGUUUUGACAAGAAAUUGGAAAGUGCAAGACCCGAACUAUUACUGGGAGAUUCUGUACCUGAUGUGGAUUGCGUACUUACUGCCAAAGAGCUAGUCACUUUAUUGGAAGAAUCUCAAAACCAGUAUCAGUUAACUCCCAAGAUCAAGCCGCUAAUAAUGAACCAACCAAUUGAGGAUGUUUAUAAUGCGGUUGCGCCACCGAAUUGGCCAUUUGUGCAGUAUUCAUGGUCGAAUGAUCCUGGGUCCUCGUCGGGAGGUUAUGCAUACACAUACUUGCGAAUCUAUCAAGAUGAACUAAUCUCAAAAGGUUAUAAUCCACAGGAUUUUUCAAUGAAGAUAGUACAGGGCAAGAAUUCAGAUAUUUGGGAAAUGAGAUUAUGUUAUCAAGGUGAAACGUUAGCUAGCUCUUGCAUCGUUAAUGGAUUCAGGAAUAUUCAGAAUUUGGUAAGGAAGAUAAAGCCGGGAAACGCUCGGGGAGUUGCAUCAAAGGUGAAUCCGCUAGCUGGGCGAAGAAGAGCAAGAGUCAAGGAAAAAACAGAUGCGCUGAAAGUUUCUACAACAGAAGAAAUUGCUGAUGCCUCUAAGGUUGACUAUGUUGAGAUAAUGGCAUGUCCGCAAGGAUGCAUAAAUGGCGGUGGCCAAAUUCAAGCUGCGCCAAAUGUCAAUGAAAAGGAUUGGAUCAAUGAAGUAUUGAUGAAAUACAACACGGUUCCUAUGUUUGACCUAUCUUUGCAACCCGAGGAUAUUGUUAAAUUCAUUGAAUGGAGUACUGACUUUGAACGCCAAUUUUCAAUAAGCAAUGAGAGAUUAAUGAAGACUCAUUUCAACAAGGUUGAGAAACCAACUGAUCCAACAGCUAUUUUGGUUGGCUCAAAGUGGUGA